UGUGUGUGUACUAAAGAUACGUACGGAUUAUAUAACAUUAUUAUAACUAAUUUGUUUUUAAGUGCUUAUAGAAAGGUAAGUGGAUUCCGCGUUUUUUGUUUUGCGAGCAUGUAUUAUAGGAACUGCCGCAUACACAGAGAGUGGCUGCCACACGCAAUGGCAUGACUGCCGCAUAUACUGAGAUCAUGAUUGGUAUAUAAUGCUUAACCAGUAGCCGACGGAGGCGUGAGGUAUUCAGAGGUGAGCUGGAGACAGUAGCCGACGAGGGGGGUAGAAGUAACCUAUGCUCCUUUAUCCCUUUGAGAUGUAUUUUAUUGUCCCAAUAAACGUACUUGAACUUGAAGUAGAAGUAGCCAAUGGAGGCAUGAGAUAUUUAGAGGUGAGCUGGAGAUAGCAGCGAACGGAGGCGUGAGGUAUUCAGAGGCGAGCUACAGACAGUAUCGGACGGAGGCGGGGGGGUAUUCAGAGGCGAGCUACAGACAGUAUCGGACGGAGGCGUGAGGUAUUCAGAGGCGAGCUACAGACAGUAUCGGACGGAGGCGUGAGGUAUUCAGAGGCGAGCUACAGACAGUAUCGGACGGAGGCGUGAGGUAUUCAGAGGUAAAUCAACAAUAACAAUGUCGAGGAAGGUACUACUGUGUAUACAGAUUGGUAUCUUACUGCUGUUGCUCUGGUUGCUACCAGACUUACGGCUACCACCACUAUUCCAAUAUACACCACCACAUGCAACCUUCAGAAAAAGCUGCUACAGAUACCACCCAAACCUCACAGCGGAAAACACGUGUUGCAAGAUGACCAAUUUCAGCGGUGCUCUUCACCUUCUUCACACGUGUAUAACACGCGCUAACACACACCUGCUCAACGAGGCCAAAGGACAGACCGGUGGCGUCGGGGAGAAAACCAAUGCAAACUUAACGGAGAAACCUGGUGAUGGCGCUGAAGGUAAUUGGUCAUCUAUCAAGGGGGUACACUGGGUCCUUGUCGGCGACUCCCACGUCCGCUACAUCUUGGGUGCCUUCCUCACCCGCUUCAGAAGUCCUGGACUCAAGUUCAGGAAGACCCAUACUGAGAAAUGGGAAGACACAGCAGAGAUAGAGAAGAUCGUUAGACGUAAUGUACAACAGCGAAGAAUUCACGUAUUUGACCGGGACAUCAACUUCCGAAUGACCUUUAUCUGGGAUGCUCAUCUGACACUGCUGCCGUUGGAGAUGGCGCUCUGGGAGCGGCGACCCCAAGAAACUCCCAGCCUCCUCAUCUUCGCUGGAGCCUUGCACUGGAUGCUGAAGACGAAGGACCUGUACUACAAGAAAGGAAUGGAGGCGGCGGCAGCAAAGUACAGAGAGCAUCUUAGGAGCUUAAGGCCACAACUAAUGCGACUCUCUAACAGAACGACCGUUGUCUUUAAGUUGCUUGACGACCUCAAGCGAACGAACAUAAGCAACUCGACAGAGCCUCUCUUGAGCUUCAGGAACUAUGUCCUGUACAACAAGAUCGCGGUGCAGGAGUUGUCAGGGACGGGAGUGAUCAUCUGGGACAGCACGAGGCCUCUCUCCACCGACUACGCCCACCACUGUAUCAAGAACCCCGAAAUGCAAACCCCUCCAUACUUCUACUGGAAGUGUCAAGACUUAGGUCAUGUUGGUUACAUCCUGGUCGACCAGUAUGCCGAUAUGAUCAUCAAUGACUUUUGUAACAAACAUCUCAAUAUCCCAGGAGCUUGUCUAUAGCUCUUCAUGAAGUAAAUAAUGUUAUAUUAAAUUUUUAGGAGAGGCUAUGAAGCAUCAGAUUAACUCAUCUUCAUAUUUAAUGCUUCUAGUUUGGUUGGGAAAGAGUACAAAUAUACAAAGCCUGAUUGAAUAAAAUGAUUUAUUGAUUGAUACUGAUAAUAAUGUGUUCAAAUAGUAUUCUAAUAUAUUGGUUAAAUAUGUUCCUUAUGUUCACAUACAUUUCGUGAACAAAUCGUACUUCUAUUUCUAGUACGAAUUCCUCUAUACAUUUCUAGUAUUUAUCCAUGCAUUUUUGGAAUACAGCUAUGUAAAAUCAUCGUUGCAACAAAUCGCUGAAACUUAAUAUGUUUAAAGUUACUGAAAUCUUUUGCGGCAUUAAAUUGACACUAUAAAACUAACAGUAAAUCAUAAUGUACUUUAUUGACAUCGUACUUAUACUGUACCGUAUAUAUGUUCAUUUAGGGAAUGUGGGACCCAAGAAACUGCCCAUCGCUACAUGCACCAUCUGCUUAGCAUAAUACGGAACUAUCUGUGUGGUGAACAUGAGUUUCAUUACUACAAGACCACGAUAAACAAAGUCAGGGGGUAGAUCAUGGGUGUAGGGGACGUUAGAUAGAUGUACACUAUGUUUAAAAUGAUGUUGAUGGUGACAACCAGAUGAGUCCCACCAAUUGUUACGAGGCAAUGAUUAAGACAUGCUUGUAAUUAUGUGACAGGGUGCUGAUAUUGUAAAUAUUUUGUAAAUCAUGUUUUCCAGGAAAACUAGAGUUUCUUAAAUUGUCCAUAAUGCUAAUAUUUUAGAGGGUACCAACCUAUUAGAGACACUGUAAAAUUAAGAUUACAAUAAUUAGGAUACUUUAUGAUUACAUUUUUUUGUGUGGCUAAUGCAGGAGGGUUACUCAGUAGACAAAAUAUUGAAGUUCUUGCGAGGCAAGAUUAAGUAUAACAUUUAGGGUUUACGGCUCAUGCUCUGUGAUAUGAAUAAUUGAUUACUGAGAAUUAUAUAAAUUAUAUAUAAAUGUAGUAUUUUCCCUUAUCAAUUGAUGUAAAGAUGAUCUUCAUAUUGUAUAUUAUUUAAUCAAGAAAAACGUUUUUCUGUAGAUCCAUAGUAGCUCGAGUUUUAGCUGGAUCAUGAAUUAAUUAUCUAGUCAUGUUGUAAUUAUUAUCUAUUCAGAUGAUCAAUUUAAUAUUUUCCCGUGGAGGAAAUUCAACUGUGAUUAGAUAUCGCUGAAGAGAUAAAGAUAGUGAUACUAAAAUAAGACAUUAUGUUUGUGCCACAUAUAUUCCUCCACACACUUGCUUAUUAAAUUGUCAUUGACCUGUGUGACCUCAUAUGUAUCGUGUCACUGUGAUUGAUCGACUGAGGAUUUAUCGUUGCUCUGAAACUGGUCUCUAUAUUUAUCAUGUAUUUACUGCUUGGUUGAGGGACUACCCUAGCCAUGAUGCCAUCAUUAUCAGUUGUUUUUGUGCUUUGCGACACCACCACUACUAUCAAGUUAGUCACCAGUCGGUAUAUAACAUACUGUAUUAAUAAUUAACUUUGAGGUUACCACUGAAACUGUGAUUUUCAACGCGGAAGCCGUGACCUAACAAUACAGUAAGCCUAAUGUUCAAUAUAACCAAUCACAGACACACUUCAGUAAGCUCUCACGGUUUUGACUUUUUUAAGUGUGUUCAUUACCAUUAUUAUUUUGUUAUAAUAACGUUAUUUGAUGUAUUGUCUUGAAUUGAUAAUAUUUUAUACAAAAUUC